GCAUUAUGUUUGAGAGGCUUGCCGAAAAUGGAAGAGCGUAUGAAGAGGAAACUAGGGAUCAUGUAAAUCAGUAUGCUGAGGCAGGAUUGAGGACCUUAAUUCUUGCUUAUCGGGAACUCAGUGAAGAAGAAUAUAUGGUGUUCAAUGGAAGUUUUUCAGAGGCCAAGAACUCGGUUAGUGCAGAUCGUGAGUCAAUGAUUGAUCAAGUGACGGAAAAAAUAGAAAAAGAUUUGAUUCUUCUCGGUGCAACAGCCGUUGAAGAUAAGCUUCAACAGGGGGUUCCUGAAUGCAUUGACAAGCUUGCACAAGCAGGAAUAAAAAUAUGGGUUUUGACUGGAGAUAAGAUGGAAACUGCCAUUAAUAUUGGUUAUGCCUGUAGCUUGCUCAGACAAGGAAUGAAACAGAUUAUCAUAAACUUGGAUGCCACAGAGAACUUUGCAGUGGUAAAAACGGGAGAAAAGGAUGCUAUUGCCAAGGCUUCAAAGGAAAGUGUCCUCUGCCAGAUUACUGAAGGGAAGGCUCGGGUUGCUGCAUCAAGCUCUGCCUCAUUUGCCUUGAUCAUUGAUGGGAAAUCUCUUGCAUAUGCAUUAGAAAAUGAUGUGAAAAAAUUAUUUCUUGAACUUGCAGUUGGCUGUGCUUCGGUGAUAUGCUGCCGUUCAUCACCUAAACAGAAGGCAUUGGUAACAAGACUCGUUAAAGAAGAAACCAAGAAGACAAUAUUGGCAAUUGGUGAUGGGGCCAACGAUGUAGGGAUGCUUCAAGAAGCAGAUAUCGGAAUCGGAAUCAGUGGAGUUGAAGGAAUGCAGGCCGUCAUGUCAAGUGAUAUUGCAAUUGCUCAGUUUAGAUUUCUUGAGCGCCUGCUUUUGGUGCAUGGACAUUGGUGUUACAGAAGAAUCUCUUCAAUGAUAUGCUACUUUUUCUAUAAGAAUGUCACAUUCGGUUUCACCGUCUUCCUAUAUGAGGCAUAUACAUCAUUUUCCGGACAACCUGCAUUCAAUGACUGGUUUUUGUCUCUUUACAAUGUAUUUUUCACGUCAUUACCAGUGAUUGCUCUCGGGGUUUUUGAUCAAGAUGUGUCUGCCAGAUUUUGUCUAAAGUUUCCUUUGCUAUACCAAGAAGGCGUGCAGAAUGUCCUCUUCAGCUGGCGUCGUAUUAUUGGCUGGAUGUUAAAUGGACUCUGCAGUGCUGUCAUUGUCUUCUUCUUCUGCAUAAAGGCACUAAAUCCACAGUCCUUCAAUAAGGACGGGAAAAUUGCCGAGUACCAAAUUUUAGGCGCUACAAUGUACACCUGUGUCGUAUGGGUUGUGAAUUGCCAGAUGGCACUUGCCAUCAGUUACUUCACCAUAAUUCAGCAUAUUGUUAUCUGGGGUGGAAUUGCUUUAUGGUAUAUUUUCCUCUUGGCAUAUGGGACUAUGCCUCCUAGCAUUUCCAAAACUGCAUACCGAGUUUUUGUCGAAUCUCUUGCCCUAACACCCUCUUUCUAUGUAGUCACAAUCUUUGCAGUUAUCUCGGCCCUAGCACCGUACUUUGCAUAUACCGCUAUUCAAAUGAGAUUCUUCCCAAUGUACCAUGAAAUGAUACAGUGGCUAAGACACGACCGUAAAUCAGAGGACUCCGAGGAUUCUAAUUUAGUGAGAUUGAGUUCUAUAAGUCCCACAACUGUUGGUUUUAGUACUGCUCAUUCAUUGACACGAACUAAUCGUGUAUAAAAUUUGCGGGUGUAUCAUUUGAUUGCUCGCAUGCGACUCUUGUGGUGUUUGUUGUAUGUAUAUGUGCAUAGAGGUUUCGGGAUGAGAAGCUUGCAUAGAGAUGUAUAAAUUAGAUUUACAGUAUCUUACACUUGUUUUGUAUAUUUUGACAUUAGCAUCCAAGAGUAGUCUUUGUAUCGAUACGUUCAGUUAUACAUAUAGUGUACAUUUCAGGAUUUCAUGGUACAGAGAAAAAUAGGUUGUCAUUAGGUAAUAGUCAUGAAAUAAGAUCAGGGACAUCCUUUUUAUCCUAGAUUUUAUGUAAUAUUUUAA